CACUCAUUAUGUGCAGGUACAGUGAAGGAAGAGCGCGCGGUGGUAGUGGUAGAGAAAGUGACGCGUUUCAUUCACGGAAUAUUUCAGGAAAACAAGCAAUUUUGUGGUGGGCCAACACUGUAGCAGCACACGACAAUCUUCUCCUGUGAAACCGAUACCGCCCGACGCUGUAUUUACUCGAUCAUCUUUUAGACACCGGGCCGCGCCAAAAAGUCUAGACAUGUCACGUGACCUCUCCAGGCCAAUCCGCUUGCGGCUUGAGUGAACUCCAUCAUAUGGCUGGGCGAGGCUACUGAAGCAUGAAGAGGGGGUGCGAAAGCAGAGUUUGCGCUGUAGUGCAUUCAGACGAUUGACAAAGAUUAUCAAUGCACCUUUUCAAUAUGGGCUGGAUAGCAAAUACUCACGGCCACUUUAUUCAUUUACAUUAAAUCGGAACAGUCAGUUGUCGGUUUUUUUUUAGCGGAACUGAGACAACAGAACCCUUCUACCCCUUGGGCAAGUUCCGCUUACCUGGGGGGCUUAGUAAAGAAACAUCGCUGGAGUGUGUUUUGGUAAAAAUCCACAUGUCAUUUCACUGCUGGAGUAAAAAAAAACGUUUGGGAGUGUCUUUCCCACUUGUGUGAGGAGGGAGGCCUGCUGGUGACAAGUCUUUUGGAGUAUCUGUUUUGGAGUGGCGAGGGAUUCUGUGACUCUACUACAGUGGUUUCACAGUCCAAAGUCUUGACAGGAUUUGUGCGUGGCUGAUGCGAUGGAAUCAGAAUAUAUGUUGGAUUGAUUCCGCUCUUUCUGAAGGAUUUUAUGUGCUGAAGGAGAGCUGGUGUUUGCUGGUCUUUCCAUUUUCUUCAGGAUUCGUUUGGUGGUUUUGUUUCUUCAUUGUUGUGAGGUUUGUUUGUUGGGGUUUUUUCUGUCUUUUGUAGGGGGUUGUUUUUCUUUUCUUCGUUGUGGGUAAAGAAAGGUUUUGUUGUGUGGUGGUGGUGUUUGGCGCAGAGUUCGUGCCGCCCCCUGGUGUCGUUUGCCUGCUUGUUGUGAAAAAACCUUGUUGCAGUGAGAGCAGAGGUCGUGGGCUGAUGAGAUCGCCGCCCCCCUCGGGAAACUCAGCGGUCUGGUGGUGAGCCUGUUUCCCCCCUCCCCCCACCACAGUGGCUGGUGUCUGGUUUGAUUCCCUGCGUCCCACCCGCCCCUCCGGUGGUGGUUGUUCCAUGCUGACUGGCGAGGGGCCGCGUGUGGGAUGUGGCGUGUAACUUUAUGUUCCGCAGCAAAAGAAGCUCACUCGUGAAGCGCCUGUGGAAGUACAAGGUGAGCGAUGAAGCCGGGGGUCCGCCUCAAAAGGACGCCUCCACCGCGGAGGAUCUGGAGUUCAAAUCCGUCACGCAGUCCUUCUUCAAAAGACUCCGGGAGGAUCAGCUGGAAACUCUGCUGCAGGCCAUGGAGUCAAAGGGAGGAGAGAGGACGGCCUGUGUGCCUGUGUCCAAGUGGGACCUGCGUCUGGGGCGGAGGACCAUGUCCCCGUACGUCCUGUGCUGCCGCGUGUUUCGCUGGCCGGACCUAGCGCGGGACGUGGAAAUGAAGAGACUUCCCUCGUGCGGCCGGCUGAACGAGGAGAAAGAGCCUGUGAUAUGUUGUAACCCUUACCACUGGAGCCUGGUGGUCAAUAUUGAUGAGCCCCCGAUCUACCCAGACAAAUGCCCAGUGACCCCCCCUCCCCGCAUCACUCCGGUCAGCUACGGGGAAAAGAUACAUGAUGGAUACCCUCGGAUUAUCGAGUCAACAGACAUGGAUUUGGCGCCGUCUUUGAUGAGUCAGGAGAUGUCGGGAUCAGGGUCAGGUGAAGUGAGCGGCGAGCUGGGCUGCAUGUACUGGUGCACCGUUGCCUACUGGGAGCUCCGAGAGCGGGUUGGUCGGCUGUUCCCCGUGUCAGGGCCGUGCGUGAACGUGUUCCAGCAGCUGCCACGCGGCGACGGGAUGUGUCUGCGUCUGCUUCAGCGGCCCAGCGGUGUUGAGGCGGUGUGGAGGACCAGGGACAAGAUCGGCUUCGGCAUCGUGCUGAGCCGAGAGGCGGCCCGCAGUGAUAACGUCAAUGUGAAUAUGCACAAUCGGAUUAUGUUAAUGGGGGGUGGAGGAGGUGGUGGUGGUGAUAGGGGAGGAGGAGGUGGUGAAGGAGGAGGAGGAACGGAACGAGGCUCCUCAUUGACGAUGCUGCACCCUCCACCACCUCCUUCGUCUUCGUCUUCGUCGUCGUUUCCCUCCUCCUCCUCAUCGUCUUCGUCGUCAGUUGUGUUUUCUGAUGAGGCCCGUCUGGCAAACGGUGUGCUUCGGGACGUACCUGGCCGCAGCCAUAUUGGACGCUGCGGCUGUAACUGUGGUGGUGGUGGGCCGGUGGUUCUUAACGCCGUCACCUCGGCAGCAGCAGUAGCAGCAACAGCAACAACAACAGCAACGACAACAACAGCAACCGCAUCUACCUCCAGGAACAGUGGGAGCAGCAUCGGACUCUCCGAUAGAGAGCAGCAACAGCAACAUCAUCAUCCUCAUUACGGUUGUCAGCAUCAGCAUCAUCAUGGUUGUCAACAGCAACAUCUGCAGAAUCAUCAGCAUCAGCAGCCACAUCAUCACCAUCAUGGUUGUCAGCAACAGCAUCAUCAUCAUCUUCAUCAUCAUGCGUAUCAGCAGCAACAACAACAUCAUCAUGGUCAUCAACAACAGCAACACCACCACCACCACCACGAGGAGACGGUGGAUCUGUGCGUGUCGUGUUGUGAGGGAGAGGAAGACAUGCAGACCUCCACCUCCUCCCCGUCCUCCCCACAGCCUCAGUCACCUCCCUUGUCAUCUUCCUCCUGGUUGUCGUCUUCCUCCUCAACCUCCACCUCCUCGUCCUCCUCCUCCUCCCCGUUUUCCUCCUCCUCCUCCCCCCUCCCCCCCUGCCCCCUCACAGGCAGUGAGAACCCCAUAGAGUGUGACUGUAGCGAGCCUCCCCCCUCCGCCCCCUCCUCCGCCACCACCACCACCAGCGUAACGUCUUCGAACCCAGACCCCCACCACCACAGGGCCGGCACUGAGAGAGGUGUGGUCUUACACCCCUCCUCCUCCUCCCUCUCCCCCUCACAGUGUGCAACAAACAAGAACGACAGAAUCAGCCUCCUUCCUCCCUCCACGUCCCCCUCCUCCCCGUCUUCCCCUUCCACAUCCACCACCACGGACCCCUUCAUAGGGACAAACCUGACGACAACAACAGCAACAACAACCAGCAAUAACUCUUCCCUCCCCUCCUCCCCCUCCUCAUCCUCCUCCUCGUCGUCAGGCACUCCCCCCUCCCUCCCUCCCCCGCCCCAACAGGGAGAAGUGUGGGCCUACAACGCGUCCAGCUUCCCAAUCUUCGUCAACUCCCCCACGCUGGACGACCCCCACUCCCCCCGCUCGCUGGUGGUCAAGAAAGUCCCGCCCGGUCACUCCAUCAAGAUCUUUGACUACGCGCGCGCCCGCCUCUUGGAGCGCACGCAGGCACGCAACAUUCUGCUGAGUGACGGGCCUUACGACGCGUGUAGCGUGCGCAUCAGUCUGGCCAAGGGCUGGGGUCCCAACUACACGCGACAGUUCAUCACCUCGUGCCCGUGUUGGCUGGAGGUGCUCUUGGGCGUGCGCCGGCACGGUGUGUCUUCCUGAUACACGUACAAUAUGGCAGGCUGUGUUCCUUCGCAUGGACGGAUGUACUUUCUGACGCACGCACGCACAGACACAUGGAUGUACAUAUGCACACAGUCAGGCAGGCAUGCAGACAUACACACGCAGUCGGACACACAAACUAUAGCUUGUUCACUUUCGUCUGACCUCGGUUAAAACAAGAUAAAAUAAAAUAGCUCUGUUUAAUCUUCGCAGAU